UACACCUGCCAGGUCUGCCAGACCCGAUCAGCAAAAACAAUCUCCAAGUUAGCCUACCAUAACGGGGUGGUGAUAGUGAAGUGUCCCGGCUGCGGGAAUCACCACGUCAUAGCGGAUAACCUGGGGUGGUUUUCAGACCUGGAAGGAAAGAGGAACAUCGAGGAAAUCCUGGCAGCCAGAGGGGAGAAGGUGAGACGUGUGGCUGGUGAGGAAGCUUUGGAGCUGCUUCUGGAAAACUCGGCAGAUACCGGGUCUCAAGGUCAGCCCGCAGAGGGAGAAAGCGGGGAAGCCCCUCCGGAGACUGGCAGCAAGGGACAGACCUGA